AUGUCUACUGAAAGUACUGAACGUGUCGCAAAUGGAAUUUCCACUGAUAGUGUUAGUGCAGCCGAUAGCACCGGCACUGUUAUUGAAAGUACUUCUCGAACUAAUUCUAAUUCUGGCGAAUGGUUUGUAUUGAUGGAAUCGCUGCUAGAUGGACUGUCGAUGGCUUGCACGCUUGGUGCUAAGGGACGUAUUUUUCGAAUUGAUGAUGUGAUGACUAAAUUGCUAGGAUAUGCCUCCAUGAAGGAAUUACUUGGAAUGGAAAUAACAAAACUUAUUCCGGCUCUGCAACUCGAAUGUGACAGUGAAGUGCAAUACGUCUGCGCCAUAGGUUUACGUGGCAAUGCUAUGCCAGCUAUUGUAAAAGUUAGCAUUGAAAAGGAUACAGAAAGUUUGUUAUUUUCAACUUUUAUUCGAGCGUUUUCAGUGCUGAGUGGUGUUGUCACCUUGACAGAAACAGGCUUUCUGCAAAUUUUCAAUAAAAAUUUCAUUGAAGCUUUAAUUGGUAAAAAGCGAAGUGAUGAGGAAUCGCUCACAGAUAACAUUCAUAUUACCGACAUAAUUCCAAAAUUUCAUACUCAUAUUUUGACGUCCAGACUGGAUCGUACGUAUGGUGAAGAAAUGUUGAACAUUUUUGCGGAAUUUCAUGAAUAUAUUGCAAAUUGUUCAGCUUCAUCAUCUGCCAAUAACAGUAUGAAAUUCGAAUUUACACAAUUAACAAAUAACUUAGAGUCAUUAGAUUUCAUAAAAUCUAAAGUGAGAAGUAGUCGAAGUAAUGGUUCAAUACAUUCAUCUGUCUCUCGUGACCAGCAAAUGUGUUCUGUACGGCCCUCGACAAGUUCACAUUUAAUGGUAACCGAUGAAAUUGCUGAUAACAUGGGAGAAAUUAAUAGUUUAAUGAUUGAUUUGAUGGAUAAGAAUAACUCAAAAGAAUUAGUUAUUCGUGAAGGUUUAUUUAGUGGAUUUGCAAAACAUUCUGAUGGAAGUUUAAUCGCCAUAUAUUUUGACAUCAAACGCUUAGAAAUUGCUGGUAGUGCUAAAUGGGCUAUAUGUAUUAACUACAACUGUACAAGAAAUCUUGCUUUUUCUACUGGUAUGAAUGGACAAGAAUCAGUGCAAGAAAUUAUUUACGAAGAUGAAUCAGAAGACGAUGAUUAUCAGUGUGAUUUUAGCGUAAAAACGAGACAAUACAAUACGGCCAAUUCAGUAGGACAUCAGGAAACUGAGUGUGAAGAAUCUGUGGCUGGAGAGUAUUCUAAAUAUUAUAAUACUUAUCAUUUGAUUGGUAAUGGUGCUUUUGGUUCAGUAAAAUUAACAGCUCGCAAAGAUAACGGACUUUUGGCAGUGGCUAAAUUUAUCUGCAAAUCAAAGGUUUUUCCUGAAAGUUGGAUACCAAGUCCUAAACGCGGUAAUCGUGUAGUACCCAUUGAACUUCACCUUCUUGAAACUUUGUCUCAUCCAAAUAUCGUAAAGAUAUUAGAUGUUUUCGAAAACGACAUGUAUUAUCAGCUGGUUAUGGAAAAACUUGGCUGUGGAAUGGAUCUAUUUGAAUUCAUUGAUCAUCAACCAAAAUUGGAUGAACCUCUAAUAAGUUAUAUUUUCCGACAGGUGGUAAAUGCUGUGUCUUACCUUCACUCGAAAAACAUUGUACAUCGAGAUGUGAAAGAUGAGAAUGUUAUCAUUGAUCAAAAUUUUGCAUGCAAAUUGAUUGAUUUUGGCUCAGCUGCCUAUUUUGAUCAAAAUUUUGUUUUUUCAACAUUUUGUGGAACAAUGGAAUAUUGCAGUCCUGAAGUUUUGAGUGGAAACAAAUAUCGCGGACCUGAGCUGGAAAUGUGGUCUAUGGGUGUUCUACUCUAUACUCUGGUAUUCUAUGAAAAUCCUUUUCAUAAUGUACAAGAAACUGUACAAGCUGAUAUUGGGUUUCCUUGGGAGGUUUCGGAAGGAUUAUUUCAAAUAAUUACUUGGCUUUUGCACCGAAAUCCGGAUCUUCGAGCCACAAUACAAGAUUUAAGUGAUCACUGGUGGAUAAAACAAGCAGUUGAUGUGAGAAAGUAUAAAUUUCAGGAUGUGCUCGGGGUGAAAAAUGAGCAAACUAAAUUUGAUUUGCACACAUUCAGAAGUGGACUGACCAAUUAUUUUGAUCAUAUGUCAUCAACAGGAGCAUCUUCAUUGGUUACUGAUACAGCGUCAAGUGGUAAAAGUGAAUCUGAAAUUGAUUUACAUUAA